CUCCGGGCCUCCUGGGAGGGCCGCAGACGCAGCACAUGCCCCGGGGGCAGGGCUUCCUCGGCCUUGGCCUGACCGUCGGGGAUGGGAGAGGCAGGAACCCCCUUCCAGGGAAGCAGCCGGUCCCUGGUUCGAGCCCCCCCGGCCGCGGAGCUGAGGCGGCGGCUUUACGCGGCGCGUUGCUGCCCCCUCCUGGGGACGCUCCGCAGGCCCCUCUCGCUCCGGGAGCGGCUUCGGGUGCCCAGGGGCCUGGGCGGCGGGCGCUUCGGAGCGAUGCCCCCAGGGAUCGGGUGCUCCGGCUCCGCCCUGGGCCUUGUCGGCAGCCGCCGGGGUCGGCUCCCCUCCUCCGCCGUGGGGCCGCGUCCCCGCGCCUUCCCCGCGGUUCCGCCGUCUUUCCCGCCCCGCGGUGGAGGGUGGAGAUCAAGGUGCCUCCGUGGGCUCAGACGCGGGGUAAGGCCCCCCCCCCCCCGCCCUGGCGGUUUCUGCUGGCCUUUAAGCUCCCUGGGUCUCAGGUGCUCACUGGUGAAACAGGGCCGCAGUGAGGGACUUGCAAAGGUUCCGCUCCGUCCUGGCACAAGGGCAUUCCACUGCAGUGGACACCUCUUGUCUUGUUUCUCCAACGUUGUCAAGGUAGCAGAAUUAAGUCUGAAGCUCCUGGUGGGGAGAGCUUGUCUGUCAAGAAGAGCAGAGCUGAGUAUUACAGAGGAAUGAGAACACAUAUGAUGUCAUCUGAGUACCUGGAUCUAGCCAUGACUGAAGACGGAUCACCCUGGACUUUUCUAUUAUAUGAACAACUAAAACCC